AUACAACAUACCCGGUAGGUAGCGGUGUUAUCAUCCAAAAUUUCGUUUAAUGGCACCUUUGACGGUGAAAGCGCAAUAGGUCGACAUUUCAAAAAUCUUCAUUUCAAAAGAGCCAGAAGGCAAUACUAACAUAUUUCAAAUAUGGGUAUUUGAGUAAAUAAAACAAUGGACAUUGAUUAAUCUACUGCACAUGUGCAAAUUACAUCCAUCUCCCUAUUGAGGUGUCAAAUGGACAAAAAUUUGCCCGGGCGUUAAAUGCAAUGCGAACGCCGAUUAUCAACAGUCUUGAAUAGUGAACGAGUGGUGUGCAUUUUGUGCGUGCCUUAGGUCCUUGGGAGUAAAUGUGAACAUGAUGUGAAUGCAGCAUUGCCAUAACAACUCAAAUUUUUUGUCCCUUGUUACCGUGUGCAGAAGCUGCCAUGCCAUUUUAUCAUAUGUGCUCAGUACCCCCAAUAGGUGGCAGCCUCGUCAAUAAGUUCAAUUUUGAUACCUCUGACGGUGAAAAUGCAUACUAACAAAACGUAGAUUGCUGAAUCUUGACAAUUUGUCACGUUAAAGUUAUCGUCUCGUGCGUGGAAAGGGUGUGUGCCCGAAUAAAAUAAAACCGCUUGUGUUGCUUGAUGUGGUGGAUGAAACUAAGAAAACCUUCUUGAUCUAUCCCAGAAUUCCGGAAUUGAACGUGCCGCAAGCUAGCAAAAAUGCCGAAACAGAUGAAUGUGAGGGUGACCACCAUGGACGCGGAGCUAGAAUUCGCGAUCCAACAAACGACGUCUGGCAAACAGUUGUUCGACCAGGUGGUCAAAACCAUUGGCCUUAGGGAGGUGUGGUUCUUCGGACUGCAGUACACCGACUCUAAAGGUGACUUGACCUGGGUCAAACUUUAUAAAAAGGUUAGCAGCCAAGACGUUAAAAAAGAGAACCCUCUACAGUUCAAGUUCCGUGCAAAGUUCUACCCAGAGGACGUGGCCGAAGAACUUAUUCAGGAUAUUACACUACGUCUGUUCUAUCUCCAAGUGAAGAACGCUAUCCUCUCAGAUGAGAUAUACUGUCCGUCAGAAACAUCCGUACUACUAGCGUCCUAUGCAGUGCAAGCCAGAUAUGGGGACUACAACAAGGAUCUACACAAACCUGGAUUUCUGGCCAAUGAUAGAUUAUUGCCACAGAGAGUAAUGGAUCAACACAAGAUGACAAAAGAGGAAUGGGAGAAUAGCAUAAUGACAUGGUGGAAGGAGCAUAGGGGUAUGCUUCGAGAAGACGCCAUGAUGGAAUACCUCAAGAUAGCUCAGGACCUCGAAAUGUACGGGGUGAACUACUUCGAAAUUCGUAACAAGAAAGGUACUGAACUGUACCUUGGUGUUGAUGCCUUGGGUUUGAACAUUUACGAAAAAGAUGAUCAAUUGACGCCAAAAAUCGGUUUUCCAUGGUCGGAGAUCCGUAACAUAUCAUUCAACGACCGCAAAUUCAUCAUAAAACCGAUCGACAAAAAAGCACCAGACUUUGUGUUCUUUGCUCCGCGUGUUCGCAUCAACAAACGUAUUUUGGCAUUAUGUAUGGGCAACCACGAAUUAUAUAUGCGCAGACGCAAGCCAGAUACAAUAGAUGUACAACAAAUGAAAGCCCAAGCGCGCGAAGAAAAAUUAGCGAAACAACAGCAGAGGGAAAAACUACAGUAUGAAAUUGCAGCGAGAGAAAGAGCUGAGAAGAAACAGCAGGAAUAUGAAGACCGUAUUAAAGCCAUGCAAGAGGAGAUGGAACGUAGCCAAGCUAAUCUAAUGGAGGCCCAGGAAAUGAUCCGACGGCUAGAGGAGCAGCUGAAACAGUUGCAAGCUGCCAAAGAGGAACUGGAAAAACGCCAGAACGAAUUGCAGGCUAUGAUGGAACGUCUUGAAGAGAGCAAGAACAUGGAAGCUGCUGAAAGGCAGAAACUGGAGGACGAAAUCAGAGCCAAGCAGGCAGAGGUUUCGCGUAUACAGGAAGAGGUUGAAGCCAAGGACAGUGAGACCAAACGGCUGCAAGAAGAAGUUGAAGCAGCUCGACGUAAGGAGGAGGAGCUCCGUGUGCAGCAGUUGGCCAACGCUACUCGUGGACACCUAGAGGAGAACGAGCACAAUGAAGAUGAUGAAACUGUCAAUGGUGACGUCAGCAGAGACCUUAACACCGAUGAGAACAUCGUUGACCCCAUUGAGGACAGGCGCACUUUAGCGGAGAGAAAUGAACGCUUACAAGAUCAGUUGCAGGGUCCUAUAUGUUGCGGACUAUGCAAAAACAGGAAAAAAUUGCACGAGGCAUUGAAAAAGGAUUUGGCUCAAAGCCGCGACGAAACCAAGGAAACCGCUAUGGAUAAAAUCCACCGAGAGAACGUCCGUCAAGGUCGCGACAAAUACAAAACCCUUAGAGAAAUCCGCAAAGGCAACACCAAACGUCGUGUCGAUCAGUUCGAAAACAUGUAAUUAUAUGUCAUGUUCCAUCUAUAGACGUGCAUACUCUUAUCCAUCCGGUUAAAUGCAUACCACAGACAAUACGUGGGAAAACGAAGAGUAUUAAAGUUACUUAAGCCUUAUUUAAGUGUGAUUCUGCUGCAUGGAAAGAUAUAUCCUGAUUAAUUUAUCUUGUAAUAGGUCUUCUAUAACAGCAUAUAAUUGGAAUAAUGGGCAUUUAAUGCUAAAAUCCUUAACCCAAAAUAUAAAGUUACUAUGUCAUUCACAUUAAUUUUCCACUGAUAACAGAUUUGUCUUUUCCUGUAUUGUAUGUGGUUUGCUCCACAAACUGUCAUUCAGUUACACAGAACUGAUAUGUGUGUUUUAAUAGGAUGGUGGUUUACUGAUUUGAUAAAAUGAUGCUCAAUGGUGAGUCUUAUUUAAAAUAUAACAAAUAUUCCCUGGUUUUUACUUAUUAAGUAUUAUUAAUUUUCGAGUUGUAAUAUAAAGAGGUUGCUUUGCUCAUAGACGGCCUUAGAAAUCUUUAACUUUGUGCUUUUUUAGGUUAUAGCGCACUCAAUCUAGCACUGCCAAAUGGGAAACCUUUUUAGGUGGAUAAAUUCAUGGAUUACCAGAUAUAAUUUUUGUAUAGAAAUAACUGCAUUCACAAAAUACGCUGUACUCCAAGAAAGCUUUAUUUUCAUCAUAAAAACAAGGAAUGUUACUAUGAACAUCUAAAUAUUACACAACUCAAAUCUAAAGUACAAUAAUUGAUGCAUGUCUAUGAUGUUCAGUUUUCUCGCCAUUUUCACCCUUCCUGUUGCAAAAUUGAUAUGUCACCCACAAGUUAUUUAAUGUAUUACUCUUUAUCAGUUUGAUUUCAUCGAUAAAUUAUUCUGUUCACAGGUUUUUCUAGUUUUGUCAUUUUCUGUCGACCUUCUGUUCCGUACAUCAACAAAAAAUAGCUGCGCAAUUUUUUCCUACACUAAAAAAUUAUUUAAUACAAAUUGUUCAGUACAAUUUUGUAUUUCAGAAUUCUGGGAAUAUUUUCACGAGUAUUUACAAGACCUAUUUAGUAAAUAAUACAUUAAUCCCCCAAAUUAAGAUUAAUAAUCAUUCUGCUAUCGGUAACUCACAUUCUAGAUUGUGUGUACUAUUACAGCUUUUUCUAAUAUAUAUGUUUUAUUUUCCUUAUAUGCUCUUCGAUGUGAUAAGAUAGAUCAAAAAUUGAUUUACUGUUUCAUCAUGAUCUACUUGUUUCAUCUUUGUAUCAACUAAAAUCGAAAAACGCAUUCCAGUUUUUGUAGUAUGUAAUGUUAGUGCCAUUUUGGUUGACGGGCUAAUGAGUAUCAAAAGGAUAUUUUUUGAUGAAUUUUCAAAUUUGUACAAGUAAACAUCGAUGAAUAUUUUUGCAAUAAAUAUAUAUUUUUUACACUUCAAUAUAUGGCCUGGUGCUUCCAGAACACAGUUUUACUAUGCAACUGAUUGCAAUUUCAAAGUAUAUUAUUAUUGCUUACUCACAUCAAAAUUCAUACUGCUCGUUCGUGUAUAUUUUCAACACACAAAACUCGCAACAGUUGUAUACAAAAACUUCUUUUUUUUUCUAUGUAAAUAAUCAUGUAUUUGUCGAAGUUGCAGAGAAUUAUUUAUCUUUUUAUUUUUUGAUUUCGAACUACUUGUUAUACAUUCUUUGCACCUUUGAACAGUUAUGUACAUAUAUAUAAAAGAAAUCUAUACCAUGUUGCCUUUUUUAGAAAAUAUGUAAUUUUUGGAUGAUAUUUUACACAUAAUUGUAACUUCUAACAAUAUUAUACAUGGUUAAGGAUUUUUUCAGAUGAAAAACAUUUUUUACUAAGCUGUACUAUAAUCAGGAUUUUUAUUUUGCAAAAACAUAUUUCCUCCGUUACGUUUGCAUUUAAUUCUUAGGUUAUUUGAUUGAAGAAACCUGCCCAUUUGUAUAUUCUACUUAAACUACUCCUAGUAGUUCUUUUAAAGUUGUAUUUAAAGUAAUUACAACAUUUAUUAUACGUUUAGGGUAAUCAAUAAAUAUUAUUUGGAAUUGUUUGCUUAUUAUAAACUUUGCUUGUUGAUUUUCAUGCAUUAAAAUAUGUGGCCCAUCUUCCCUGAAAGUUUGAUGUUCAACCAACUAUUAAGAAUGAAC